AUGGCUACAAUCCUAGAUAGUGCUCCUAAAUUGAACAAGUGGGUGUCAAAGAAAUCUAUUUCAAGUUCCAAUAACUCCGGCGUCUUAUAUGCUUCAAAUUCAACUUGGUGUAAGUGUAAUUCCAAGGGUGGAAAACUACACGCAGCUUCUACAACUGGUUGUGUUUCUCCGAUCCUUGUACCGCCGAUUAAAUGGUGUAUAUGGAAGAAGCCUGAAGUAGGGUGCAUCAAACUGAACACGGAUGGAUCAGUAAUGUCGGGGUAUUCUGGUUUGGCUGGUUUGUUUCGAGAUCACAAGGGUAAACCGCUAUGUGCCUUCGUCACAAGAACUCCUGAAGAAAAUAUCUUUUUGGUGGAGCUGUCGGCCGUGUGGAGGGGUCUUCUUCUUGCCCUAAAUUUAGGUGUUAGUAUAGUCUGGGUUGAAUCGGAUUCGAUGAGUGUUGUGAAAACCAUUAACCGGGAACAAUCCUACAGUUCGAAGAGUGGUCACUACUUAAGCCAAAUAUGGAAUUUGUUAGCUAUGUUUAAAGGUUACCGCGUGACACAUUCAUGGCGAGAAGCUAACAAAGCAGCCGAUUAUCUUUCAAGGUCGCAUGCUAGUCAGAACGAUGCAGUGUUAAUGCCCGUUGACUUCUCUGAGGAGCUUCACGCUAUUAUCAACGAUGAUGCACAAGGAAAGAUUUAUUUUAGACAUUAG